GGAGCGGCUGUACACACGUGCCUACACGUGUCCAAAAUGGCUGCCGACAGGGACUGCGAUUUGAGCUCACUUGUAGAAGAUUUUGAGCAAUGGCAGAAAAUAACUUUUGAGCUGUUUAACGAAAACAAAGAAUUGAAAUCAGAGGUUAGCUCUCUCAAGAAGCAGUUCAGCCUUCAUGAAGAGGCAGAGAGAACCUUGAAAGACAAUAAUUCAGAACUGCUAUCAACUGUUAAGAAACUACAAGAUUCACUAAUGCAGCGAUGUGAGAUGAUCAGUGAGAAUAGCAAACUUAAGGAAAGGAUGGAGAGACUGCAAAGAGAGACCAGUGAAUUGGAAGCACAGCACAAAGACCAAAUGAGAGAAGCUAUGGACAAUCUUGAAGCAAUCAAAGAAGCACACAAAAAGGAUGUUGUACAUAUACAAGCAGUCACUUCUAAAGAAAUGAGAAAAGAAAUUGAUUUACUUCAAAGGAACUUGCAAGAGAAAUCUGAGGACAUAAGUGCAUUACAAAAGCAAGUAGGAGAUGCAGAAAGAGAUAAACACACUGAAAUAGUCAAACUAAGACUAGAGUAUGAUGCGAAGCUACUAAAGAUACAAAAACAAACUGCCAAAUCACAAACUCAGACCUCUUCUUCAACCACUCUGACUAACAACUCUAUAUUCAGACAAAAACUGCAGGCAGUGAAAGUGGAAUCAGAGAAGGAAGUAAAGGCACUGAGAAAAAGAGUGCUAGAACUUGAGAAAGAAUUAAUGUCUAAGAACAAGCAAAGAAAACUACAUUAAAUUAUGUAUUAGUAAACAGUAAUAAUUAAUAAUGACUACUUAUUAAAAUCACUAGUUAAUUGUCGAAAUGCUUUGUAAAAGGAUUCUUUAUUUAGUAA